AUGUCUACCCUUGAAGGCGCCGUACCUCUCGGACUGGGCAUCACCAAGCUUCGACUCUGGGAUGAACUAAACCAAGCACAUUGUGAAGCUUUGCAACAAUCAAAUUCGAUCUCAGCCUCUUCUUCGACUUUCACGCAGUUAUCACCAACUCUUAGCGACAAGACCGCGCCACUUGGACCUCAACAUGUUCAGCCUCCUGAUAAGCAAUCGAUCGAAGUCCUGUCAGAGCGCUCUCACGAAUCCGAUGCGACGUUGGCAAGGAGAAAGAAGCUGCGAAGAAGUAGCGUUGAAUCUGUUUCCGAGGGGUCAGCUGCAGUUGACUCGGAGCCCGAACGCAGCUAUCAGACAAGCUGCUUCGACUGGCUGCUGACCAGUCGAGACUCGGGGUGCAGAUUAGCAGCAAAUGCUAGCAACGGCAAUGUGUCUCAAAACAAAAGAGACAGCUAUCUGCCAGCUCGAGACGGCCAAGGUGUGCUGAUGCCUCCGCCUCCUCCGAAACCUGGACCCUCUCGGCGUAAGCCUCCGCCUUUGAUCGUCAGAAUCAAAGCAAAGGCGCGACGCGCUAAGCGCAAGCAGCAGAAAGCCGAGUAUCGACGAUGCCUCUUCCUUGCACACAUGGUCCAGGCAACUCAAGCAGCACGUCUACAAAACGCACCGAUGUCAAAGUCAACGCAAAAGCCGACAUAUGGCGCGCAUGAAGGUGCUUGUGCAAAGCUGCAAAAGCCAACAACGAAACCGCGUCUUCCAGCAGAGCAACGAGGUCGACAAGCACCUUCGACCUUCCCCGAGACUCUGGGCGUAGACCUCGCUAGCUUUGUCGAAGUUGUCUUUGACACCGACGUUCAAUCUUCCGAGAUCACUGCUCCUUCCGACAUUUCCGACGACGAUCUCGCCCGGGCCACAAAGAUGGAGAUCGAGACGCGCAAGAAGCUCGGAGGCGCUGACGUAGUGGUGCCCAAGGGAGUGUUCCGGUGGAUGGUGGGCCGUGACUUUGCCGAACGAUGGCCGCAGAAAGUGAAAGGCGUGCGGAAGAAUCCAUGGCCUGGGCUGGAAAAUGUUUGGGGUUCGCCUUCCGGUAUGACCACGAUUGAAGGGUUGAGGGGAGAGGGGAAGGAUCAAGUCAAGCGUGACGAAGAGCCGUUCAGAUGGCAAAGUGGUCAACGAAGCAGAUUCAUUAGGCGAAAGGAGAAAGUAGCAUCGCAAACAAGUAGUCGAAUUGGACCAACCUUGAAGGAGGUGCGAGCAGCUGUUGGCAUAGGCCACGAUGCGAUAUCAGAGCUUCCAGCACUGGCAAUUGCCACUGCAGCGAUUGAGGUUACGCCGACAGUCUCGGCAUCCGCUGUACAUCAGAGUGUGGUGAAGCCAGCCUUAUCACCUGCAAGAUCGACAACUCUGCGGCCAACGGAGCAGGAUGCUUCGCCAAUUGUGCCUGAGAUCUUUCCAUCAGGGCUUGUACCAAGCUCGCAACCAUUGACAUUAAGCUCGCAAUCAUUGACAUUAAGCUCGCAACCAAGCCGGGCCAGCCACCCGUAUGAUAUGUCCGAUACUUUUGCCACAUCUUGGGACUGGAGCAGCGCGUUCACUUAUUCCCGGUCCACCGCGCUCCCAAGCACCCUUGCUGGAGUGCCCAUCAGCCUCUGA